UUCUUAAUUUAGACCAUUUCAGGAUUUUUCAGUGGGGAUCCCUCUUUGAAUUGUACGUAAGGCCCUCAGGAGUCCACGGCACUGAAGAAAUAAAGACGACGAGAGAUCAUAUCCUGGGAAUUUCCUACCUCUCUCAGACUGUCCUUGGCGUGCUGGGGAACACGGCGAUGUUCUUGGUGUACGUCCGUAUCUUCGUGGCUCGGCCCCAGCAGCAGAAGCCCACGGACCUGAUCCUCACCCACCCGUCGGGGACCAACACGGUGACCCUCCUCACCCGGGGCGUCCCGGAGACGAUGGCGGCCUUCGGGAUGAAGAACAUCCUGGAUGACGUCGGGUGCAAGAUCGUGCUGUACGUCAGGAGGGUGGCCCGGGGCCUGUCCAUCUGCACCACCUGCCUCCUGAGCGUGUUCCAGGCCGUCACCGUCGGCCCCGGCACCUCCCGGUGGUCCCGGUUCAAACCCGGCGCCCCCAGAUACAUCCUUCCCUCUUUCCUCUUCUUCUGGAUCCUCAAUAUGCUGAUCUCCAUCAGUUUAAUCGUGUCUGCUCCAACCACCACCAACAUCUCCAUCACGAGGCAUAUUUACGUUUCCAAAUACUGUUCCAGCAUGCCCAGAGGCAGUGACGUUAUCGUCGUGGUCACUUUAACGGCCACGACUCUCCGAGAUCUCGUCUUCGUGUGUCUCAUGGCCUGGGCCGGCGGUUACACGGUGAUCGUGUUACGCCGACACCACAGACGGGUCCGGCACGUCCACGGCGUCAGCCGCCCCCUGAGAUCCUCCACGGAGACCAGGGCCAUUCACACCAUCCUGCUUCUCGUCGGUUGCUACGUUUGCUUUUGUUGGACUACUAGUUGUAUGGCUCUCUAUUUGGGGUCCGCGAAGGAAUAUGACCCCCGGCUGCAGCGCGUCUCAGAUUUUCUGUCGGCUUGUUAUCCCCUCCUAUGUCCGUGGGGGCUGAUCAGCCGGGAUCCUCGAAUCCACAGACCCCGGAGUGUUCUGGAGAAUCAGAGCGGGCCCUCUCUUCCCGUGGCCGGAUCGAUCCAUCGAUCCAUCAAGCGAAUGUAUUGAACCCGUACCGUGGGCAGAGUGAGCUGGACUGUAAGCUCACUGUGGGC